AAUCCCAAAUCCCAAGCGCGGCUUUCCUCUUCUACCAAGCAAGACAUCGCCUCCCAUUUCUGUUCAUAACUCCAGCCUAAAGGGUCCCUAACUCCGUUUCUUUUAAUUUUUCCUUCUUCUAGACACAAACACACACAUAUAUAUCCACACACACAAACAUCAAUGCCCACCGGCGAUGAGAUCAGGGUAGACAUCCAUCGAAUGGGCGGGCAAGCGUCGAGCCCGGGCGGCGGCGGAAUGUCGGUGUCGGUGUUCGAGUGGAUCGGGGAUGCGGCGAAAGGGGUAGGAAGCGCCUGCUUCCACGCGUUGACGGGGCCGGCGGCGGGGCCGCUCAUAUGCAUAUUCGCGGGCAUCUGCGCGGCGCUGGCCUACCGGAUCGAAAGGCGGGCGACGAACCGGCCCGUGUUCCACCGGUCGGUGUCCAUCGCGGCGCUCCACGGCGGGGAUAUGGCCCUGGAGAGGAUCCUGGAAGCCCAGGAGGCGCGCGUCGACAAGAAUGCCCUCAACAGCGCCGCCGACGAGAUGCAGAGGCUGCUCGCCAUGGACCCGACGGCUAUAAGCUACAGAGAAUUGCACAGACUUGCAGCAAAAUUGGAGAUGAGUGGAAAGGAGGAUAAGGCAAUAAAAAUUUUGCAGCAAAAAGUGCAGGAGGCCGAGAAAAAUAAGCACCCUCACGAAGCAUACGAGCUUCAAAUGUUGCUAGUUGAAAUGCUCAUAUACGAGGGAGAAUACCUGAGGGCUCUAGACUGCAAGUGCCUCAAAGACAAUGUAAUUUCUGAUGCCCGAGUUCCCCUUUAUAAGGCGAUUAUUUACUCUAUAAUGGGUGACAAGCGUGCUGGAGACUGCUAUGAAGAGUUUCAGGAGAUUCGUAGGUGCUUCCACUGGUGCGACUUCCUUGAGGGAACUCUGCUCUACGGCGCGGUGCCCGAUUUCAAUAAAUUUGGGAAGAUUGUUGCCAAUCUAAAGAAAGAGAUCGAGCACGCUAAGACUAAAAAGCCCUGAUAAAAUAAGGAGGGGAAGAUGAAGCCUUAAGACGCGAAAGGGAGGUUGUUUUAUGCCAAUAAUUUGUGGAACUAUAUUUUUAAAUUCUAUGGAAUUUGGGCUAUUUAUCUUGCAUUGAGAUCUAUGCUGACUGCAGAGAUUAUGAUGUUUGUCGAGGGCAAAAAAAAAAAAGGAUCAUGGAAAAUAGAAACUGAACCAUGGAUCCUGUGGCGUGCAUGCUUCUGACUCAAUGGAGUGUAAGUACAGCAAGGAUACAAAUAUUUAUAUGCUUAAUAAACAAAAUGUAUUGUAGCCGUGAUUGUACUUUCCAA